AUGAUUUUUCCGAUACUAUUCUUUUUGCAGAGGACGGAUGCACAAGAUAAUCUGCCCGCAAGAAGCUUCAAGUGGCAGCAUAAUCAUCCAAAAGAGGAUCCUUUGCAGAGAAAGAAUUUUCAGGCAGAAGUUGAAGGCACCUGCAAUGAAGAAAUCGUAUUUUCCGAUCCAGUGACCGGCCAGAUUGCGACCCCGAACUUCGAGAAUCACUAUUACAGUAACGACUCUGACUGUACUUGGAUCAUUUCCACCGAUGAAAAGUACACGAUCGCAUACGAAAUCGCUUACCUCGAUCUUGAGCCAGGUCCGCCUUUUUGCCCGUUUGACUAUAUCGAAGUAGAAAAGAAAAUCGAUGGAGAAUUCGUAACACAACAAGAUCCCAGUUUUCUCUGGCGACGAUAUUGUGGAGCAAUGCGGCCGAUGGGCUUUACUGAAACAAAUUCGAAUGAGAUAAAAAUUCAUUUCGUAUCUGAUGAUUACGAACAUGGCAGAGGAGCUGUCAUCAACUGGAAAAUCCAUGACAAGAAGGAAGAACUCGUGCAGUUAGCCGAAGACCAGUUCGACGAGAUUUUUAUCGACUUUGAGGAUGGUUGGGGUUCGCAAAUUGAUCAUACUGGAGACGAAGCUUUUCCAGAAACUUUUGAAUGGAUGCUUGGUCGUGGCUAUACUACUUCUAUCGGAACUGGACCAAGACGAGAUCGCACGACAAUGUCUGUAUAUGGAACUUAUGCUUACUUCGAUACAUCAGAGCCUCGUCGAAAGGGUGAUACAGCUGUAUUUUCAAUUCUGCCGCACGGAAUUGCCCCAGAAGACGAUUACUGCCUGCAGUUCUAUGCUGUUUUGUAUGGCGAUGAAUUCGGCCAGAUGGAGACUUUUAUUCAGUAUUAUGAUGAAAAUGAUGAACGAAUUGAAAUGGUUUCAAUUGGCAUGAUCAAUCAAGAGUCAGUUCCACAACCUCCUGUGGAUGAUUGGCUUCCUUUCCAGUACCCAAUCAAAAAUAUCCCUGCUUCUGCUGUCAAAGCAUCCAUCAUCUUCAAAGCUGUCCGUGGGCGCUCACCCCAGGGCGAUUUUGCUCUGGAUGACAUCACAUGGUUCCGUGGCGAAUGUUCGGACAAAACCCCAUUUCUCGGCUGCGCUAGAACUCUGAAGAACCCUUUUCGAGGCGGCAUUCCGGUUGGAUUUUGGAACUGUUCAGACUCAUUCUACAUGGGAUCUACGUGCAAUUUAAUUUGUAUGGAAGGAUACAUGGUCACUCCUGGUUACGAACCUAUUAAUCGUUGUAGCGAAGAUGGUAUGUUCGGCGGAUGGUCAGAUGACCCAGGGCAGAUCAGUUGCCAGAAGAACUACUGUACUUUCCCGAAGCCUGAUCCUGAAGGUAUCUGGUUCUUCGGAUGCACCGACGAGAAAAAUCAAAACAUUGGAAUCAUCACGGAAGGUGGAAGCUGCGAGCUCCGUUGCCUACCAGGAUAUGAGCGUCAAUCUCCUCAGCUGAUGGCUUGCAUCGGUGACGAAUGGAGACAGCUGAAAGCAUCUAGUGGAGCUUAUACUGACCGUGUAGUUGAACUCGACGAAAUUUCAUGCAAAAAGAUUCCGGAAAGUAAACUGACUGUGGAUGAAAAAAGAAGGAUUGAAAAUUUCUCGCCACCAAAACAACUUGGAUCUGAGGAAGAAAAUAAGAAAGUCGAAACGAUUAAACGAACAACUACUACAACAAAGGCAAGUCUACCAGAAUUCGUGAAAACAACAAAAGCGCCGAAAAAGACAACGAAAGAGCCCAAAAAGAGCAAACCUGAAAAGAAAAUGGAGGAAGAAGAAGAGCAAACAACGACAACUCCGAUCCCGACAACUUUCUCCACGUCUACUGAAAGUCAACAAGACAAUGAGCCUAAAAAAGAAAAAGCUCCUAAACCAACAAUGCCAGCGAAGAAAGAGACCCCACCGCCAAUUUUCGCAAGACCUGGUGACAAUAAUGAAGAUUUCAUCGGAACAACAGCUGCCUAUGAAGAUCUCUUUGAAAUGACCACUCCCAGUCCAGAUAUGAUAGAAGACAUAGAAGACGCGAUUAAAGAAGUCGAAAAUGACAAAAAGAAAAAGAAGAAGAAAGAUAAAGCGGAAGAUUCCAGCGCUUACUCAAUGUUUUUGAGUGUAAUCCUCUUAAGCCUCUCUCUUCUUUAA